AUGAUCGAAUAUUUCGGCUUAGCCCAUCUAGUCGGUGGACCGCGGCAGAACGCCGACAACACGGAAAUUAAACUCAACACCAAUAAAACGAUGAACAUGGCCGUGUCGCUGCUAAUGUCAAUCUUAGGCACACUCAUCUGUCUCACUCUGCCGUUCGCGGUACUCGAGAAGCCAUUGGGUUCGUUCGCCAGCGAGAGGCCUCAAGUUCGAAACGCGCUGGAGUGGAUCGAGAGGCACCUGGCUUUCAUAGAUCGUAUAAUUGUCGCCACAGCGAUCCUUUUGGUACUCGUUGCGGCGGACACUAUCGUUGACGCGAUAAGACAUACAAACAUAAAGGUCAGCCCUUGGGUGCAAAGGGGCAAAUACUUACCUCGCAAAUAUAAAGCUCAAUCGAUAAAUUCGAUAACCAGGCGUUCC